AUGACGGAGCUGAGCGACAUGGUCAAGCGACCGGGGAAGAAGGGAAAGAAACUGGCUGCUCAGACCAAAGCGGUAGAGUGUGAGCUGAGACAGCGACGAGAGAAAUCACUGGGUAUACGCAUGUCACAGUUUGAGAGCGACUCCAUCACGAUGCUACAUCGUCGCAUUGGCGACUUCUGCUGUGUGUCGCUCCUCAUACAAACAGACAUGGAGUAUGUGGGGAAGCUAUGGAAGAGAGAUCUCGACAAGCAGCACGGAUGGCAGUUCCAGGCACCGCUUAGACCACUGAAAGACCCUGCGGUGGGCGACACUUCGGCAUUGAAAGACCCUACGACACUUUGCCCGCUGAGCGGUCGACGUCUGGCGCUGGCGCCAAAAGGAGCGUGUCUUCUCGCAGGGCCGGAGGCUGGGGAUGGCGCUAGUGCCGGAAGCGGUGACUUGGCGUUUGCGACAACAAAGCAAGUACCCACGCUUAAAGAGUCUGAUUUGUCGCGACGGGUGGAGCAGGUGAGCAACAACAUGUCUGAGAGGGGAGAAACUGCGAGUAAUCAAUCAGAGCAGGUUCUCAGGGAGCGCUGUGCCGCUCUCCAGCAGCAGCUCAACGAAGAGUACGAUCGAGCUGGGAAUCUGGAGCAGAAGAACGACAAACUCAAAGAUGAGAACGCCCGCUACAAGAACGAGUUCGAAAAACUCAAGCGCGAACGAGAAGACACGGAAUACGCGCUCAAGAAGAGCGAAGAGACACUCGUGGAAGAGCAGAGCACCAUCAAGACUCUCGAGGCGCGCAAUGUCAAGCUCGACCACGACCUCGCGCUCAAGGAAGCUGCCCUCAAAGACAAAGACAACCAAAACGCCAAUCUCUUCGCCGAUUACCAACAGCUUUAUGCCAAUUACAACGACAAGCUCGGCGAGCUCGAUGACAUACGCGUCAAACUCCUAGAGAAAAAGUUGGAGUUCGACGAUCUGCAGGAUCAAUGGUCAACGGACCAGAAACGGAUCGCGGAUCUGGAGGCGGCUAUACAAGAACACGAGGACUCCAACCUGGUCGCCGAGCUCGAGAACGACAUCGCUGGACUCCACGCCAUACAGGAGCAGGACUCCAGGACUAUCAUUGUCAAAGAUGAGCGUAUUAGUCACUUGGAGGGCUUGCUUCAGAAGGAGCAGCAGCGCACCCUUCACCACGCCGACGAAGCUGCUCGAACGGCCGCUGCCUCUCCAGUCGACGACCAAAGGCAUAUCGGCAGCUUGGGAGGCACACUCGAAGAUGAAUUUUCUAGCCUGAUGCUCGACGAGAGCGACUUUAUCGACUGCGAGCCCAGCGAAUACGAGCUUGAGAUACAGUCACUCUCUGCCGUGUACGUAGCUGCCAGUGUCACGCCUGUUGCUGCACGUGUACCUGAGAGCCAGAUUGAUAUAAGCCAGGCCGCCAGCGUGGAGCCUCGCAACCCAGCCCCCGCACCGCCAUGCUCUAUCGUUGUCAACAAGGCUGGCAGCACUGAGCCCGUGGCUGUCAAGACGUCCAUACACGCCAUUGCUGUAAGCAAUGCCGCCAGUGUGGAACCCCGCGAUCCAAUGCCAGUGCCGCCGUCCACCAUCGACGUCAGCGAGGCCGCCAGCACCGCGCCUAAAGCCGUGAGGGUGCCCGAACAAACAACCGGAUUCUACACGACCUUGAGCACUUCGCCUAUCGAGCCGCCUCGUGUUGAACUCUCCUUAUGCGACGUGCAAGAUAUUGUCAGCUUUGCGCCUGACCAGCCUGCUAUUGCGCCUUUGAACUACUCCCUCCAGAACGUGGCCAGCACUGAGCCUGUCGAGCCUGCUCGCGUUCCCCUCUCCAUUGUCGAUGUUAAUCAUAUCGCGAGCUAUGCGCCUGACCAGCCUGCUGGUGUGCCUCUGGAUUACUCCCUUCAGAACGCAGCAAGCACCGAGCCUAUCGAGCCCCCUCGCGCUCAUCUCUCCAUGGUUGAUGUCCAUGACAUCGCUAGCUAUGCGCCCAAACAGCCCGCUGGUACGCUUCUGCGCCUGCAUGAACAGAAAUCAGUCAGUACUGAGCCCAUUGAGCCAGCUCGCGAUACCCUCGCUUUCGACGACGUGUACGACGUUGCGAGCUUCGCGCCCAAACGGCCUGCGUCUGUUGCCUCCACAAUUUCCAGACACGAGAUUGCCGACUUUGCGCCGAAAGAGCCUAGCCUUCCACUGCUCACUGUGGACGUGACUGAAGCUGCUAGCACGCGUCCGAUUGCCCGUCAGAUCACCAGCGCUGAAUUUUCUACCCAAACCGACGCGCCUGUUACUACCAACAACUUCUCCACCCAGACCGAUGCGCCCACAACCACCGAAUCGCCCGCCCAGACCGACGCACCUGCGCUCACGAGCCAGCUCCUGACUCACACGGCUCUCGCAACGACCCCAAUCGAACCGAGCACCCAGAUUACGACUGCCAAGCCCAACAACCAUAUCACUCCCGUUAUGGUCACUCGCGAAAUCAAACCUGUCGAGCAGACUCUUCCCGAGCCCGAACCAGAGCGUCCCAAUACUAUGACCGAAGCUCAGGCGCAUACAAACAAUGACCCUGCCGAAGAACGUGUAAUAGGCAAGACAACCCUUGUCAUGGCUCCGCGGGCUAAAAGGGCUCGAUUCGCAGGCUGGAUUCCCAUUUUGUCCACUGUGCUUUUCGCAGUCUGGUCACUCAUUCUCCAAGCCGAGCUAGCUACCUGGAAGAACGCGAACGGAGUCGGUUUCGGUGGUGGCCAUGGUAACGUGGCUAGCCGCAGUGGUGCUCACGGCAAUGGUCGUGACCUCUUUGGUGACAUUCCCAUCGGCAUGAACAUUGGCAAUUCAUGGGUGUCGGAGCAGAUUGCGCAACGCAUGUCUGUGGCCAUGUCAUUCCUCGAAGAUUGGGUUGGAAUUGUCAACGAGCCCAUGUAUUGA